GCUCGUGCGUUGGAUCUAGGUUGCCAUUUCGCACACAGAGGAGAAUCAGAGCGCAAAACCUCUCUGACGUCGUAUAUAAACCCAACGCCGCCACUAGGCCGCACUCCGAUUCCCGGUGCCUUCUUGGCUCAUCUCACUCGUAUUCGUUAUUCCUACUCCGUCUCUCUCGGUCUCCGUCAUCACUGAAUCGCGAAGUGGAAGCUUCAACCAUAUAUUUUUCUGGGUUCUGAUCUCUCAUUGGACAAUCGCCGGCUGCAACGAUAUCUUCUCCCCCUCGCUGCCCCACCGUUCCGCUCGGGAAUUGUUCAGCUUUACAACCCUUUCCAUGGCAACAGAGGAUGUCGUGGGGAAGAGCACGGGUGAGACCGCUGUAACGACGAUUGUAAACCUGGCGGAGGAGGCAAAGCUUGCGAGAGAGGGAGUAAAGGCCCCGAGUGACGCGAUCUUGAGCGUCUGUAAAUCGCUCGUUGCUGGAGGCGUCGCCGGAGGAGUAUCACGGACUGCUGUUGCUCCACUUGAGAGGCUAAAAAUUUUAUUACAGGUCCAAAAUCCUCUCAACAUUAAAUAUAAUGGAACAAUUCAAGGCCUGAAGUAUAUUUGGAGAACUGAGGGUUUCCGAGGAUUAUUUAAAGGAAAUGGUACUAACUGUGCACGUAUCAUUCCAAAUUCAGCUGUCAAAUUCUUCAGCUACGAGCAGGCAUCCAGUGGGAUUUUGUGGCUUUACCGGCACCAAACUGGCAAUGAGGAUGCACAGCUUACUCCUGCAUUGCGCCUUGGUGCUGGAGCAUGUGCUGGGAUAAUUGCAAUGUCAGCCACUUAUCCUAUGGACAUGGUCAGAGGCAGGAUCACAGUCCAGACUGAGAAAUCUCCUUAUCAGUAUCGAGGGAUGUUUCAUGCAUUAGGCACUGUCUAUAGGGAAGAGGGUUUUCGAGCACUGUACAAAGGCUGGCUUCCAUCUGUCAUUGGAGUUGUUCCCUAUGUCGGCCUCAACUUCGCUGUAUACGAAUCUCUGAAGGAAUGGUUAGUUGUAUCUAAGCCAUUUGGCCUUUCUGAUGACCAAGAGCUUAGCGUGGCUACAAAACUUGCAUGUGGAGCAGCUGCUGGAACAGUUGGACAAACUGUAGCUUACCCUCUUGAUGUUAUUCGGAGAAGAAUGCAAAUGGUGGGUUGGAAGGAUGCUGCUUCUGUUGUGCGAGGUGAUGGCAGAAUUAAAGGACCACUGGAAUACUCUGGAAUGAUCGAUGCUUUCAGGAAAACAGUUCGCCAUGAGGGCUUUGGAGCUUUGUAUAAGGGACUUGUUCCAAACUCCGUGAAGGUGGUGCCAUCAAUUGCUAUAGCCUUCGUGACAUACGAGGUCGUAAAGGAUAUCCUUGGCGUCGAAAUGAAAAUUUCAGAAUGAAAUGGGGAUUCGUAUGACUGCUACUACUUUAAAGCAUGGGGGGUCCUUAUUUUUGUUGGUGAAUGACACGCAGGGCAAAGUUGGAAGCGCUGGUAUUCAAGGAACUUUAGUUGAUAUAAUAUACCAAUUGAUUGUAGUAAGAUAUAUUCAGCUCUGCACGAAAUUGGUUUCCACCUUUGACCUGAAGAAAUAAUGAAUUCUUUAAACGGCAGAAGAGGGUGAAUUUAUGUAGCUUACUCGCAUCCUUAAACUAUUUAUUUUGUUGUCAUCUGUUGUCAUCAAAGACCGUUUUGUACCUAUUAAAUAUAUUGGUUGUCGCUGCUCCGCGCCAUCAUGUGAAAUCUAACUUGACUCUAAUAUUGUUUGUUAUAAGGUUACUUUUCAUUCAAAUGAAUUGGAUUGAAUGCAAAUGGAUUUUACGUCACAAA